GUCUUCCGUAACCUGUCAUAUUAUAGCAUAUCACUAAAUAGCUUUGACUAAAUAUUAUUGUGGAAUGUAGUUUCUUCGAAGGUGUGUAAUUAAUGCAGCUUUGCAUUGAGGCUUUGGAAUGUUUUGGAUGGAUUGGAAACGUGUGCGUAAUUGCGGUUACAUUUUGUGCGCUUUGAUGUGAACUUUAUGUCGAGCAUAUUUUAACACUUUGUGGCCUGUUUUUUGUGAACAGACUCCAUUUUGAAGGACCCGGUGAGCAGAGGAAAUAAGGCUUUGCAACUCGUCUAAAAGGAAAGGAAGCCAUCUGUUUUCCGGGUUUAGCCAUAUUAGAAUGCAUCUACAAGAAGACAUAAUCCUUUAAUUUAUAAAGCGCAUGAGGUUUCCAUUUGGGGGGCCGCCGGUGGAGUAACAGCUAUCGCAAGUAGAGACAGUGUAUGUCCACAGGAUCUUGGCCUAGUAUUGCUGCUACUGGGAUUCUCCUUAUCCGCUUUCACAAAAUUGGAAAACAGCACAUUUAAUUAUAUAAAUGAAAGGGUUGACAAUUGUUUUUGCGGUGACGGACAUUUCAAUGGGUGGAGACAUGGCACCAUGAGUCAGCCCUAUGAACUGCCCAUCAAAGAUGCUCAGGCCUGCUGCUCUGACCCAACAUUGACCUCUGCCCCCAAUGACCCUGUCUCCUCCUGCUCAAAGCACCAUAACCGCAAUUCAAGACUAGACCCUCCACGUGCCAUGCAGCUGUCCACCGCCCCUGCCCUGAAAUCUACAUCCACCUAUGGGUUCAUCAAGGACCUAUCUUCCUCCUACAGCCCUCUGAGAAGGCUACAGCACCUGACCACCAUGGUCAGCCACACGGAUCUGGUCCUACCUGGAGUCGGGGAGAGGGCCUCCCAGGGCUCCAGGGAAGACUUGCAUACCCGGAAUGCUGUUGGGAAAACUGACAUCAGCAAUUCCUUGGUCCUCACAGCUACCCAGCCAGGCAGCAGAGACACAGACAAUAGUAAGACUAAUCAUAGUGUGGAGAAGAAGAGUGACUGUUGCUUCUCUGACCCACCCAGUCCAGCUUUCUCACUGGAUAGCAACAGCCCCUUUGCAAAUGGCUACCUGCACUUUGAGUCCACUUUGUUUGAUGAUGAGAAUGAUGAUGAUAAUGCAGAGGAUGAUGAGGAUAUAGCAUUGCCUCUGACAGACAGAGAGAGAAAAGUUGGAAAGUCACCUGAACCUCUUCCUGGACUUUUAAACUUGAAGGUUAAAAAUGUACCAGAGCCAGGGCUGUCUGUGGGUAAAGACUUGCAGUCCCCUGGUGUCCCCCCAUUUACAGCACAUGAUGGGUCAGACGAGGACUGGGGGAGUGACUGUAAGCCUCUCUCUCUUGGGAAUAGCCCCUCUGGGCCUGCAAUGAUGGGCAGCCCAAAGAAGAAGUCCUUACCACCUGUAAAGUUUUUAAAAGGUGAAGUUAUAUGGGCAAAGUUCAACCGAAGACCCUGGUGGCCUUGUGAGGUGACUGUUGACCCACUACAGGGAACCUAUCACAAAAUGAAAGAGCACAGUGACAGGCCUUGUCGGCUGUACCACAUCAGGACCUUUGGGCUGCCUGUGGAACUGGCCUGGGUCACAGGGAAAGCUAUACACACAUUUCAUGGAGGCUUUGAGUUCGAACAGCUCCCCUUGCUGCGCAGGAGAGGAAGGCAAAGGGACGAAGACUACAAAUACAUUAUACCCAAGAGGUUUAAAGCAUCCUGGAAAACCAGUGUGGCUGAAGCAGAAUCUGCCCUCCCAGAGCGACCCAAAAUGGAUGUCUCUAUACCUGACUCCAUAAAUACAACUCUCUAUGAUGGGUCCACAUCAGAAAAAGAGGGCAAGGCCCUUCCAACUCCCCCUUCCAAUCCAUCCAACUGUAUACCCCUUGCACCAAGCAACUUAACAAACGGAUCUCUGUCACCUCACAGUAAACAUUCUCCAACAAAAGUAAGCACUUCCAAGAAGCCUCAAAGCAAGAAGAAGCCAAGUAAAGCAUUUAAAGCUAAAAAUGAGUGCUUGAACACCAAAACAACAUUUGACAGCAAUGACAAGCCAGAGGGGGACAUAAAAGAAUGUCCGUACUCAGACCUUGACUCUAUCCCCAAUAUUUUGUGUCCUAAAGCACUUGAGCGUCAAUCCAAGCAUGCUCAGACUCAGCCCUCAGUUCCAGUAGUAAAAGAGGUAAAGAAGCAGCCUGAAGGACACAGUCGCCUGUGGUUCAGCAAACCAGGAAAAGACAGGCGUCUCAACACUACCACCUCCUUAUCUAACCACAGUGCCUUCAGCAAGGGUCCCUGCAAGAAAAAGACUCAAACUGCAGCUACUGUCAACAGAAAGACUCAAGCGUCCAGUGCGGCCAUCAAGGGAUGCUCUAUUGAUCAGUUGAAGACUCCAGUGUCCAGCGUAAUAGUAAAAGAACACCCUGCUGAUCAGUUGAAGACUCCAGUGUCCAGCGUAAUAGUAAAAGAACACCCUGCUGAUCAGUUGAAGACUCCAGUGUCCAGCGUAAUAGUAAAAGAACACCCUGCUGAUCAGUUGAAGACUCCAGAGUAUAGUGUAACAGUCAAAGAAAGUCCUGUUGAUCAAUUGAAGCCUCCAGUCUCAAGUGUUCCCAAGCCUCCUGAUGAGUCGAAGGCCCUGGGCAAGCAGCCUGCACAUCUGCCUGCUAGCAACCGCCUGAUGACCAGAGCUCUUAAAGCUAUGGAGUUAGCAGUGCGGAAACAGAAUCUGUUCUCCAGUCCAAAGCCUGGCUGUUUCCUUCCUAUCAACAAGACAGAGGAGGAGGUGUCAUCUUCCACAAACACUCCUUCUGAUAAACCAGAGACCAAAACAGACUGUUAUACAGAGGAAAAACCUUUAAAGGUUGACAACGAUAAUCAGAUCACUGGUUUACCAAAUUGGUCCACCUCAAAGUUCACCAGGUCGAAGGACUUUGAAGCAGAGGUUAAGACUGAAGAUGAGGGCUUCUUGAUAUCCCAGAUGCCUGUGGACUUUAUACCUCUGACAUCUGGGAAGUCAAAGAAAAAUAACUGUGUGUCUGACAUGUCGUCCUGUUCCUCGCCAUGCUUCUCUCCCAUGGACGCCUUCAAAGACAUUAAAGAGUUAUCUUUCAAGUCCCUGGAAUCAAGUGAGGGUGAUGGGAAAACUGUGUCUUUUAAACCAGACACUAACUACAAGUUCAGUACAUUCCUCAUGCUGCUGAAGGACAUGCACGAUACCAGGGAGAAAGAUGGAACUCCCUUGGAGCUGGAAAUCGGACCACCUAGUGCUCAUGUAAAAGAGGAGCCUUCCAUGAUUCCACCCUUACUGGGAGAGGAGUCAUUCGGUCAAGGCCCGUGUCUCGGUAAAAGUAAACAAGGCAAGAGCAAAACCAAGGCCAAGCUCAAACCCAAGUCUUCUCUGAAGGUAGAAAUCCCACAACUUGAAGGCAGCACAAACCAGGUCAUGAAAAGGCUAUCCAAAAACAGAGGCUCAUCUGAGACUAAAAAGAAACCGAAUAGAAAAGUGCCUUUUGGUAAGAGGUCUCCUGGACCUGGCUACCUUGGGAUGGAAGCCUUGCACCACCUUCCGAGCAAUUCUUGGGAGAAGUUUGACCAGGAUUUAGAGACAUUAGGGGGGGUGGGGGAGGGCUGCAGUAGGCUAACGAAUGAGAGACUACAGAACAUGGUGCCUUUGGAGCAGGGUGGUGCAGAACCAUCAGUAUCCUUUCAACCAAAGAUAGUGUUGGACCAGCAGACUAUCGCCGCCACAAUUUCUGCAAACACUACACAAAGUACUGGGGAAGGCCAGGAGGCUCCCACAGCACAUAAACGAAUUCGAAAACCAAGCAAAAGACUCAUAGAAUGGACAGAAGAGUACAGUCAGAUAAUCUGUGCAAGGAAGAAACAGAAAAAGCCCCUCCAGCCUUUGGGAAAGGUGGCACAUUCCAACAGCAACAAACCAGAUCCCCUACCACCAGGGAAAACCACACAUGACCACGCCCUUCUGAACCCACUUCCUGAAAUACAAACUCUGCCCCCAGACGAACCAUCCAAGACCCCCACUGGACAAGCCUCUCCCCCAAUAGAGAAUACUCCCCCUCAGGAUGCACAUAUCCUGUCCAUAGAUACUCUAACCCCACCUCCUGAAGCAGACUCUUCGCUGCUGAGUGACGGUCUGACAAAGAAUGUUGGUGACGUUCCUUACUUGGAAACAAUCCGUAAGAGACAGAGGAAACCAACUCCGAAGAUUAUGGAGACUGCCACAAUUCCAAAGAAGAGGGUCAAGUCCCUGAAGACCAUCUUAUCAAGUCACCCUCUUCCUUCAGGCUCUGGACAACUCUUUUCUAAAUCAAAGAUCAAACAACCUACCCCUGCACCCUCCACAUUUACACCCUGCACCCCUGCACCCUGCCCCCUGACCCAGAGCAGCCUGGAGAAGGGGCCAGACUGUGACGUCACCAAGCCCCCCAGUGAGGAAACUGAUCUUCAUGACGAUGGGAGGGAUAGCCUAGACCCAGAGGGUUUUACAUCCAGUUUGGAUGACAGCUUUUCAUCCAUGAGGGAGGAGUCUUCACUGUGCGAUGGCCCACUCUCCCCCAAUAAGAAGAUCAUAGGGGACAGAGGGGGCGCUGCCUCAUUGAAAGAGAAUGUGUGUCAGGUGUGUGAGAAGACUGGGGAGCUGCUGCUAUGUGAGGGCCAGUGUUGUGGGGCGUUCCACCUCCAGUGUAUCGGCCUCACAGACCCUCCUCUAGGGAAGUUCGUCUGCCAGGAGUGCAAGUCUGGUGUCCACACCUGUUUUGCGUGUAAGAAGCCAGGGGAGGACGUGAUGCGCUGUAUGAUCCCAGUGUGUGGGAAGUUCUACCAUGGAGAGUGUAUAGCCAACCACGCUCCCGCUGCCCCCCUGCACCGGGGUCUCCGCUGCUCUCUCCACGUCUGUCUGUCCUGCUUCAUAACCAACCCUGUCAACCCCUCCGUCUCCAAAGGUCGUCUGACACGCUGUGUGCGCUGCCCUGUGGCGUACCAUGCCAAUGACUACUGCAUGGCAGCGGGCAGUGUGGUCCUGGCCAACAACAGCUUCCUGUGUCCCAACCACUUCACCCCCCGCAGGGGCUUCCGCAACCAUGAACACGUCAAUGUCAGCUGGUGCUUUGUCUGCUCCGAAGGGGGCAGUCUGCUGUGCUGUGAGUCGUGUCCUGCUGCCUUCCACCAGGAGUGUCUGAACAUCGACAUGCCCGAGGGCAGUUGGUUCUGCAAUGACUGCCUGGCCGGGAAGAAGCCCCACUAUAAGGACAUCCUGUGGGUCAAAGUGGGCCGAUACAGGUGGUGGCCUGCGGAGGUCAGCCAUCCCAAGAACAUUCCGGAGAACAUCCUACGUAUGAGGCACAAUGUAGGAGAGUUCCCUGUGCACUUCUUUGGCUCCAACGACUACCUGUGGACCUACCAGGCCCGAGUCUUCCCCUACAUGGACGUAGACACCAACAACAAGGAGAAGAUGGGGAAGGGUGUAGACGCCAUCUACAAGAAAGCUUUGGAGGAAGCUGCUAGCAGGUUUUUGAAACUGCAGGCAGAGAAAGAACUGAGACAGCUUCAGGAGGACAGGAGGAACGACAAGAAACCCCCGCCAUACAGACACAUCAAGGUGAAUAGGCCAAUCGGGAAGGUGCAGUUCAUUACGGCCGACCUAUCAGAGAUCCCGCGCUGUAACUGCAAGGCAUCGGACGAGAACCCUUGUGGCAUUGACUCUGAGUGUAUCAACCGGAUGCUGAUGUAUGAGUGCCACCCCCAAGUGUGCCCAGCAGGGGAGGGCUGUCUUAACCAGGCCUUCACCAAGCGACAGUACAGCCAGGUGGAGAUCUUCAGGACGCUGGCACGAGGCUGGGGCCUCCGCUGUGCCCACGACAUCAAGAAGGGGGAGUUUGUGAAUGAGUAUGUAGGAGAGGUGAUCGAUGAGGAGGAGUGUCGGGCCAGGAUCAAACACGCCCAGGAUAACGACAUCUGUAACUUCUACAUGCUGACCCUGGACAAGGAUCGGAUCAUCGACGCUGGUCCGAAGGGGAACCAGGCCCGCUUCAUGAACCACAGCUGCCAGCCCAACUGUGAGACCCAGAAGUGGACGGUGAAUGGAGAUACACGUGUGGGGCUCUUCGCUCUAAUAGACGUCCCUGAAGGCACAGAGCUGACUUUCAACUACAAUCUGGAGUGUCUGGCCAAUGGGAAGACUGUGUGUAAAUGUGGAGCUCCAAACUGCAGCGGCUUCCUAGGAGUCCGGCCAAAGAAUAACCCUCCAGCAGACGACAAGGGCCGCAAGCUGAAGAAAAAGGUCCAGGCUAAACGGAAGAACAAGAUGGAAGUGACCAAGGAGAGGGAGGACGAGUGCUUCAGUUGUGGGGACGGGGGACAGAUUGUGUCCUGUAAGAGACCAGGCUGUCCCAAAGUUUACCACGCAGACUGUCUCAACCUCACCAAGAGGCCUGCAGGUCGGUGGGAGUGCCCGUGGCACCACUGUGACCUGUGUGGUAAGGAGGCGGCCUCUUUCUGUGAGAUGUGUCCCAGCUCUUACUGCACACUGCACCGCGACGGGAUGCUCUUCAUCUCAAAGCUGGACGGACGGCUGUCCUGCAGCGAACAUGACCCCUGUGGACCAGACCCCCUGGAGCCAGGGGAGAUCAGGGAGUACCUACCUGACACUGGGGCUCUCUCAACAGGCCCGGGGGCUGGUAUUGUACCCCCUCCUGCAGCUGCUGUGGCUGGUUCUGCUGCUACUACAACAGGGACAGGGGACCCCCAACCUAGCCCUGGCCCUGAGUCUUUCCCCCAUCUCCCCAUCUCUUGCCCCAUCUCUGGCCCCUUCUCUGGCCCCAUCAUCUCCCCUCUACCCAGCUCGAAGUCCCUCGAUAGCUCUCACCUAUUCCUUCCCCAAUACUCACCCAUCUCUUCCUACGGAGAUGAGAAGGAAGAAGUUGAGGAUCCUUUUGGUAAUGAAGACGGGGAUGGAGAGGGGAUUGAGGGAGAGUUGGAGGAUGGAGAGAUGGCAGGCUUAAAGUUGAAAAAUGAAGAGGAGGAGGAAGAAGAAGAGGAGGGAGAAGAAGAGGAGGGCGAGGAAGAAGAGGAGUAAAGACCAAUGUCCUUUUUCAACAACUCUGCAUCCUGGCUAAUCAUUCAUGGGGGGUGGGGAGAAGGGCUACCUGCUUGUUUUUGAGGGGGGGACUGUGCUCAGCAUCAUGUAGAUUCACUCAUCUUUGUAUAUAAGGAUCCAUGUACAGAUGAUUUAUAGAUCUGUGAAUUUGAACACCGCCUUGUUCAGACAGACCCCUGAGAAAUAGCAGGAUGAAACAAUGUGGCCUGGAGCUGGAGGGUCGAAAUGGAGUAUGAGGGAGUUUUCCCUGGACACUGAUUUAUGGUCAGUUUUCCCCCUAAUAGUUCCAGUUAGGGUUUGUGAUAGGUAUACUGAUCCUAGAUCUGUGCCUAAGGGCACAAUGGGCUUGAUGGUAACUCUAGUCAUAUAGAUAGGUCCAUUUGAAUCUCUUCUUUGUUCGUUGUCAUAGUUGUUGGCUUGUGGUUUUAAUAACAUGUUUACAUUUCUGCACCUCCUCUUGGAGAACACGGCAACUAAUGUAUCUGAAGCUUCACCUUUAUCAAAGGGGAGACUGAAGACAGGAGGAGCAGUACUGUCAAAGGCACAGAAAUCCCCUCGUGAGAAAGUAGCCUAUGGUGUGUUAGAUGGGCCUGUCAAUCUGGUUCUCUCUGUAGCAACGCUCCUACAUGGCACAAAUGAGUAAUGCUGUGAAAUUAACGCGUCAGCAAUGGAAAUUAUUAGUCAUACAAUCAGUCAUUUCAACCUUGUCAUUGGUGUACAGUUUAUAUCCAUACCUAUUUGAUGAUGAUGAAUCUAUCGUCUCUGCUGGCAUCUGCCUUACCACACCAAAUGAUACAGACACCUAGACAAUACACAUGAAAUCAAAUGGCUUAGUUAGUAAAUGUGGGUAGUACAUCAAGGUGAUAUUGAUAUUGAACAUGCCUAUAUCCUAAUCCAUGACAGCACUUUGUGUUUUCCCCUAACCCUGGCAUUGCAUUGCUCCUCUGUAAUGAUAUCUGUUUGGGGUGCGGUUGCUUGUACUGUAGGUCUUUGAACACAACUGAAAUCUUAUUGAGUGGUCAACUAACAUAAAUUCAAUGUCAAAUCAACCAAAAAUGUCACCAUGUCAGGGUUUAGUUUAACAGUUGGGUGGGGGAAAAAUGAAAUUCCCUUACAUUAAUGACUUUUUCAAAACCCAAUAAGUUUCCCACAUUGAUUCAACAUCGUCAUAUUUAAUUUUUUGCGUUGAAAUGACUUGGAAACCACAUUGAUUCAAGCAGUUUUUGCGCAGUGGGAAGCUUCCUUACAUGGUCUAGCUUUCCCUCAAACUGAACUGAACCUUCAAUGUGAAUGUGCCAGAGUGUACUCAGCAGUUGAGUAAGCUACUUGACGUAACCCUGACGACAGCUCGCUCACUUGUGUGUAUUACAUUCUCUAUGACAUAUUUAUAUUGACUUUUAUAACGCACAAAUGAAGAUGGGACUGACUUCUAGUAGUGACAUUGCUGUAUGUCACUUUAUAUAAUCCAUACUUUCUGUUUGCUAGGCUAUACUCCUUGCCAUUAGUUUAGCACUAAAAAGUACACUGGUCCACUCCCCUGCUAAAAUGUUUUCACUACCGUAUGUAUUUGUCUCAGCUAUGUGUUUUCUCCCUCUUGAAGCUUGUCUCUACAUCACUGUCUUUGUUGUGUCAGUUUUUCUUCUCUGCUUAUGCCUUUCCAAUUGAGUUAAUCAAUGUUGGGUUUUUGUGAAUGAAGGGAUGUGAAGGUGAUUCUAGAGGGCCCGAAAACAGAAUGAAGGGAUGUGAAGGUGAUUCUAGAGGGCCCGAGAACAGAAUGAAGGGAUGUGAAGGUGAUUCUAGAGGGCCAGAGAACAGAAUGAAGGGAUGUGAAGGUGAUUCUAGAGGGCCCGAGAACAGAAUGAAGGGAUGUGAAGGUGAUUCUAGAGGGCCAGAGAACAGAAUGAAGGGAUGUGAAGGUGAUUCUAGAGGGCCCGAGAACAGAAUGAAGGGAUGUGAAGGUGAUUCUAGAGGGCCCGAGAACAGAAUGAAGGGAUGUGAAGGUGAUUCUAGAGGGCCCGAGAACAGAAUGAAGGGAUGUGAAGGUGAUUCUAGAGGGCCCGAGAACAGAAUGAAGGGAUGUGAAGGUGAUUCUAGAGGGCCAGAGAACAGAAUGAAGGGAUGUGAAGGUGAUUCUAGAGGGCCAGAGAACAGAAUGAAGGGAUGUGAAGGUGAUUCUAGAGGGCCAGAGAACAGAAUGAAGGGAUGUGAAGGUGAUUCUAGAGGGCCAGAGAACAGAAUGAAGGGAUGUGAAGGUGAUUCUAGAGGGCCAGAGAACAGAAUGAAGGGAUGUGAAGGUGAUUCUAGAGGGCCAGAGAACAGAAUGAAGGGAUGUGAAGGUGAUUCUAGAGGGCCCGAGAACAGAAUGAAGUGGAUUUGCCACUUUCCAGUUGUGGGAAUGUUGUGUUUCCAUUUCUGAAGCUUAUAACACACCUUUACUCCAAAUCUGCACAAUAAGCAUUAUUUUUACUGCUUAAUGUCUCCCAAUUGUGUCACUUUAGUCAUGUCGAAGUAUCUCUAGCAGCCUUUAUGUAUUAAAACUUAACUGGCUUAUUGUUAGAUGAGGCGCUUGAAAAGAUAUGUGCAAUUUCUUGUAUUUUAAUAGAAAACCAACCUGUUUUUUAAUGACUUGAAAAAUGAGUAAACCGGUUCAAAGGGUCCCUUCUUGUCCGUAUACUGUACCGUAAAGGUUGCCAUGGUGCCCCCUGCUGUUGUUCCGAUAUACAGAUACAGGCACCCACCGUCAUGGUCAUAGUAAAUAUUUAUCUGACUUGAACAUAUUUAUAGCACUAAAACGCCUACGAAUUUUAACAACACAGAAAGGUUUUAACUGAUCUGUUGGAAGAGUAUUUGUACAUUUUAGAUUGGCCUAGCCUGUCCUUCCAAAAUCUUAUAUAAUAUGUAUAUACAUUUUGUAUAUGAAAGCUAUAUAUGAUGAAUGGUUUAAAAAAACAAAAAACAAGAGAUAAUAAUGAGUCUAGAGCCAGUGGAUAUCAUGCGUUCUCUGGUCACAGCUUUGUCAUCAACCAUUCCCACAAACAGGAUCACUUCAACUUUGAUACAUAUUUGUUGUUUACGUUUGAGUUGCUGUCAACAGACGGGGUUAAUAACACUUUAUAUUGAUGUAACAGUAUCACAGUCAUCAAACAGAUAGUAGUAGGCUAUGAAAGCAUACAGUAUGAGGAGGUCGAGGGUCAUUUCUGGUCACGACAUGAGCUGGGAAUCGGAAGAGUCGGGAGAUUGAAGGCUCAACUAUCACUACAGUCAGUACCUUUGGGACUUGAUAUGAUAAUGAGCUGUAUAUCUUUUUGCUUUAAUAUUUUCCAUUUCUACAUUGUCAGUUACCCCUCCCUCCUCUUUGGAGGGUUCUUUGAUGUGGCACAAAGGAAGAGUUGGGAGGCUGUCAAAUGUUUUUAUACAUACUACUGCUGUUUUUGUUGUUGUUGCUGUCAUGCUUCUUAGCUUCUGACUCUCUUCCCUCUCUGCCUUAUUAAGCCUUGUGUAAUUCAUCUGUUCAAAUUGUAACUGUUGAAGAGUUCAAUAAUAUCCUGCUGCCUUGUGAGGAUAUUGAAAUGUGCUGGAGUCCUUUGUACAUAAUAAAGAAAAAAAUGUAAGUUGCAA